AUGGAUGUAGACUCGAACGACAGCAGCAGGGAUAUCGACAUAUGCGAAACGAACACACAGCGAUUAAUUGCCGAAAGCGGUGGCCGAUGUAUGAGUACUCAAGCGAUGCAAUCGCUGUAUGACUUCCGACAGAACAACCUUCUCUGCGAUGCUGUCUUGAGACUCGAAGAUGGAGGCGUCUUUCCCAUUCAUCGCGCAAUUUUGUCAGCCUGCAGCCCGUACUUUAGGACUUUAUUCACUACCACGUUGCACUCGCGCGAGAAGACCGACGUCCUUUUUCCCGGUGUCAGCAGCAACAUGAUGAAUCUCCUUUUGGAAUACGCAUACCUGCGAUCGAUCAACGUGAACAAUGAAAACGUGUGUCAGCUAUUGGUCACUGCCGAUUACCUAAACAUUCUGGGCGUGCUCGAUUUCUGUUGCGAAUAUCUGAAGCAAAGUCUGGCAGCGGAGAAUUGCAUCAGCAUCAUGAGAUUCGCCAGGGAAUAUUUUUGCAGAGGGCUGGAGAACAGCGCAUAUCGUUACGUCAUGAGAAAUUUCGUGCAGGUAGCCCAAAGGAGCGAGGAGAUCCUGGAUCUGCCGAUCGAAGAGCUGACCACACUGAUCGGAGCUGACGAGCUGAACGUAAAAAGCGAGGACACGGUUUGGGAACUGGUACUGAAAUGGAUCGACUACGAGCCUCCAUCACGAAAGGAGUACAUCGUCGAUCUGAUGAAGAACAUUCGUCUUGGUCUAUUGGACACGCAGUUCUUUCUUGAGAACGUGAAGGAUCAUCCGUACGUCACUGGAAACGAAGCCUGCAGACCAAUUAUCAUUGAAACGUUAAAAUUCUUGUACGACCUGGAAAUUAUUACGCAAAAAGAUGGAGAGGUACCGACGCCGAAAAUAGCACGACCGAGAGUUCCCCAUGAAAUACUGUUCGCUAUAGGUGGAUGGAGUGGCAGAACUCCUACAAAUUUCAUAGAAACCUACGACACUAGGGCGGAUCGAUGGGUCAAGGUGGAAGAAGUAGACCCCAUCGGACCUCGCGCAUAUCACGGAACUGCGGUGGUCGGAUUUAAUAUUUACGUGAUCGGUGGAUUCGACGGUGCUGAUUAUUUCAAUAGCUGUCGUUGCUUCAACGCUGUCUCUAAGGUGUGGAGGGAAGUCGCUCCGAUGAACUCUAGAAGGUGCUACGUUAGCGUUGCUGUACUCAACGAUCUGAUCUACGCAAUGGGAGGAUACGACGGAUAUUAUCGGCAAAAUACUGCGGAACGUUAUAAUUAUAAAACGAACCAAUGGUCCCUGAUUGCACCUAUGAAUUGCCAAAGAUCAGACGCAAGUGCAACUACUUUGAAUGACAAAAUUUACAUCACGGGCGGAUUCAACGGCCACGAAUGCUUAAAUUCAGCCGAGGUGUAUGAUCCAGAAACCAAUCAGUGGACAAUAAUAGCUCCGAUGAGAUCGCGUAGAAGCGGAGUAUCCUGUAUAGCUUACCAUAACCACGUAUACGUUAUUGGAGGUUUCAAUGGAAUAUCAAGAAUGUGCAGUGGUGAGAAAUACAACCCAGCUACGUAUGUUUGGAGCCCGAUUCCGGAUAUGUACAAUUCGCGCAGCAAUUUCGCAAUCGAAGUGAUCGACGACAUGAUCUUUGCCAUUGGUGGAUUCAAUGGUGUCACCACGAUCUAUCACGUGGAGUGUUAUGAUGAAAAAACGAACGAAUGGUACGAAGCAACAGACAUGAACGUGUACCGUUCCGCGCUAUCGGCUUGCGUGAUCAUGGGUUUACCAAAUGUAAAUGACUACAUCCAUCAACAUCGUGAACGUCUGAUGGAAGAGAAACGGCAGAAGCUGUUAGCACUGGAGGUGCACCGGAGUCAACACCAGUCUCAGCAAGAUCAGAUGCAACAAAACAAUGAGAACUCGAACAACGAAGUGCCAGAACCACCGCCGAUGCCACCGAAUACCAGCACCAGUAACGACAAUCGACAAGAUUGA